AUGAAGGGAUCAUGUCUUCAUAAGCUUCCUGACUUCCGUUGGAAGUCAGCAGAAAGUGAAUUCUGUAAAUUUCUUUUAAAUCUACAAAUUUCAUAUUUGGAAUUGAUGUCAUUGGAGAGGAAGUGAGAGGUUGAUGAAUCAAACAUACGCCAAAUGCUUUCAAGUUUUAAGGAUCCCAAGGAUCCCUUAUGGCUUGCUUUUUUCCCAGAAGGAAUAGAUUUCAUUGGGCAGAAGUGUAUAAGGAGUUAAAAGUAUGCAGCCAAGCAUGCUUUGACCAUUCUGAACAACAUGCUGCUUCCAAAAGGCUUUUAUGCUUGCAUGGAACAAUUGACGGGUUUAUUGGAUGCAGUUUAUGACGUGACCAUUGGCUACAAAUCUUGGUGCCCAUCUUUGUUGGACAAUGUCUUUGGGGUGAACCCUUCAGAAGUUCAUGUUCAUGUCAGGCGAAUAGCCCUUGAUGACUUCCCAACAUCUGAAAAGGAGGUUGAAAAGGAGGUUUCUGCACGGUUGAUGAAUACAUUCCAACUGAAGGACCUAUUACUUUCUGAUUUUUAUUCGCAAGGCCAUUUCCCUCAUCAAGGAACCGAAGGAGAUCUUUCAACGCUGAAGUGUCUUGUAAAUCUUGUGGCCGUAACGAUGCUAAUUAGCACAUUUACUUCGUUUACUUUUUUCUUGUCGAUUUGGUUCAUAAUUUAUGUAUCUCUAGUGUGUUGUUACCUGUCAUCUGCAACCUUCUUCAAUGUUCGUCCCAAGCCUCUUAUAUAG